AUGAAUGAGUUGGCCGACAAGAUGAUCAGCUUCGGUGCCGUCGAGGCGAUCAAUCUGGACGGCGGCGGCAGCACCCAGAUGUGGAAGAACGGCGUGCAGAUUGGCUACAGCUCAGAUCGCAACACUUACGGGGUGCUAGCCGGGACUUACGAGCCAGGUUGCCCCAUCGGCGAGGGAAAGGGCAAUUUGAGUGCCUUCGAGUGCGCGCGCAAGAUCAGCACCAUCAUCUGCAUCCACGAGGCCAAUAGCGGCUUAACGUCGUUCCUCGCAUCCCCGAGAACGCAGGCGGGGUCGCAGGUCUCGGCUCUGUCGCUCGGAACCCUGGUCGUCGGAUUGUGCUUGGGCGCCGCCAUCGGCGCGGUCGCCUCGAAAAUGUGGAGCAAGAAAGAAGGUAAAGGCGUCGAUCUGAACGGGGACGACUCAGUGAAACGGGGUAGCUCAACUUCUUCCCGCGCGAAGACGAUGCUUCAGAGUGCGAUGGGUGAGUCGACGGGCUUACAGCAGGCCUGCUCCUCAAAGGCACAGGAGAUGACCGUUCUCUCGCUCCCCCCCUCCGUAUUCCAGGUUUCCGUUCGCUUCUGCACCAUGCUGCACCAUCGCAGUUGCUUGGUUACUCUCUGCAAAGCUACUGCAGCCACCGCGUGUGGGUUAUUUCUCUUAACUCAGUGCCGCCAGCCAUGGAAUUUUGUUGCUCUCCGUCGACUGGCCGCGGCAAGACGAGUCGUUGCGUGCCUUCAGGCUGCCAGCCACUUAGCACGCUUGUGA